UCUUUUAAGUUUUGCUUGUAAAGUCUAUUUCUAUUGACACAAGGAAGAUUGAGAAGAUCAUUUCUUUCUUUGGAAGGCAUGUCCAAAAAGUCAAAAGACAAUAGACCUCAAUAAUCAAGCCUGUUGAAUGAACCCUUGUGCUAGCUAUCCAUAAACAAAGAAGCAACUAUGCUUCAAUCCUAAGCAAGUCGUGGUCGGCUAUAUGAGAGUCAUCACUGUCCAUGUCGCUUCAUUUAACCACGUUCCAGGCUGACAUUUUGUUUUUACGCUGGUUGUUAGCCUACUGCAAUCUUUCUCCUUUAUCCUAGCUUGAUACCGGCAAUAUGAGCAAGCUCACACGGGCGAAGUUCUUCUCCUAGCUAAUCAUUUAGAAGAGGACAGCUUAUGCUUCCUUAGACACCUUGUUUUAAGCUAUCAGUGCCAUCUUUCUUUAGCUUUGCAGGUAAUAUUAAAUUUUUCUCAAUGCUUCAAACAUCAAUAUACUCUUCCACAAAGACAAGCAACCUAUUCCUUGACAAGAAAUGACAUCUAUUCACAUCCUUCUUAUUACCUUCACCUUUUCAAUCUUGCACACAAAAUGAAAGACAAAAACAUUUUCGCGGCCGAUUGCAUAGUCCUAUGUUGCUGCUGCCAAUGCUUGAUCCUCCAAAUCAUCAUCUUGUUCUUGUUUAACCUUCCAUACAGGGUGCUAAAGAAAACAAAAGAAUGUAUAAAGAAACUGAGACAUCGAAGACGGAACAAGAAAACUAUGGAGAUGGAGAUCAACAGACAUGAUGAAGAUGAAAUCUUGAAAGAUCAUGGAGGAUCUUUGAGGGUUCAACUUGAGAGUUUGUGUUGUAUGGAAGAAGUUGAAAAGGUUUUAGAAGAAUUUUCUCAAAAAGGUGAAUUUGCUUUUGGAAGCUUUUGGGGUGGGGAUGAAGAGGAAGUAUUAGAAACAGAAAGAAUAAUCACAACAUGUAUACAUAAACAAACAGUUGAUUAUGAUGUUUUUCAUACUCAUUUGAUACAAGUCUUUGGAUCUUUCAACUUUCAAUGACAUGAACUAUAUCACAUGCUCUUUUACAAUCACUACACCAAAAAAUACGGCAAUAGCUUAAGUGCCGCUAAAUUAUGUUUAGAGGCGAUUAUUAGUGGCAAUUACAUUUUAACACUCUUUGUAAAUGUCCCUAAAGCCCUAUAGCAACAUUGGAUCCAAUUGAAAUUAACUAAUGCCGAUAAAAGCUUUAGUGCUCAUUGUUGAAGUGCGUAUUUACUGCCAUUAAUGUUGUAGGGUUCAUGAAGUAAAUAAAUCUACUAUUGAUGGUCCAUGGAUUUUCCUCCUUUUCUUUAGCUGCAUUUUCCAAAGAGAGAGCGUAUUAGCCACAUUAGCAACGCUUGGGAUGAUUUUAGGCGCGGGCCUAUUUUGGGAUAUUGUUUGUUCUAACAGAUUUAAGUUUGAUACACUGACACAAGUGCUAAAAGAAUUUAAACCAUCGUGCGAUUUAACA